GCAAAACUGCUGCUAUCCUCGAGAAGCACCGGCGGAAAAAUGAUUCAGUGGUUCGAAUGAAGCUACAUCACAUGUACAUGUGCAUAUGCCGCAAUUCCGUAACUUAAAAUACUUUAUUUUGGAAGAAGGGGGCUGGAGACUAAUGUGAAAGGGCUUAAGAUUCAUAUUUAUCGCGGCUACAGUUUGCUAAACCCAAUGCCCAAGAACGACAAGGCCGCCACGAGAGAGCUCGACGAUGAGGUCACGGAGUCCGUCAAGGACCUGCUUUCCAACGAGGACGCGUGCGACGACGCGUUCAAGAGGAGCUCGCUGACGGUCGCCGAUGGCGACGGCGGGAAGGAGGAGCGGGACGCGGAGGAGGGCUCGGAGUUCGAGGAGGAGAGGCCGGCCUGGAACAGCAAGCUCCAGUACAUCCUGGCCCAGGUGGGCUUCUCCGUGGGCCUGGGAAACGUGUGGAGGUUCCCCUACCUCUGCCAGAAGAACGGCGGAGGUGCUUACCUGGUGCCCUACCUGAUCCUGCUGGUGCUGAUCGGGAUCCCGCUGUUCUUCCUGGAGCUGGCCGUGGGGCAGCGAAUUCGGCGGGGCAGCAUCGGGGUGUGGAACUACAUCAGCCCCCGUCUGGGGGGGAUCGGCUUCGCCAGCUGCGUGGUGUGCUUUUUUGUGGCCCUGUACUACAAUGUCAUCAUUAGCUGGAGCCUCUUCUACUUCACCCAGUCAUUCCAGCACCCUCUUCCCUGGCACGAGUGCCCCCUGGUCAAGAACCAGACGCUCACAAUCGUGGAGCCCGAGUGCGAGAAGAGCUCGGCCACCACCUUCUACUGGUACCGCGUGGCGCUGGACAUCUCCGACUCCAUCUCCCACGGCGGCGGGCUCAACUGGAGGAUGACCCUCUGCCUGCUGGCCGCCUGGACCGUGGUGUGUCUGGCCAUGAUCAAGGGCAUCCAGUCCUCGGGGAAGGUGAUGUACUUCAGCUCUCUGUUUCCCUACGUGGUUCUGAUCUGCUUCCUGGUGAGGGCCCUGCUCCUGACCGGGUCCGUCGAUGGCAUCCGCCACAUGUUCACUCCCAAGCUGGAGAUCAUGCUGGAGCCCAAGGUCUGGCGGGAGGCGGCGACGCAGGUGUUCUUCGCCCUGGGCCUGGGGUUCGGCGGCGUCAUCGCCUUCUCCAGCUACAACAAGCAGGACAACAACUGCCACUUCGACGCCGUGCUGGUCUCCCUCAUCAACUUCUUCACCUCCGUGCUCGCCACGCUGGUGGUGUUCGCCGUGCUCGGCUUCAAGGCCAACAUCAUGAACGAGAAGUGCGUCGCGCUAAACACGAAGAAGAUCGUGGGCUACCUCGGCAACGAGAUCAGCCGCGACCUCAUCCCCAAGCACAUCGACUUCGGCCACGUGACCCCGGAGGACUACAAGCAGAUCACGGAGAUCAUCCGCGGCGUGAAGGAGAGCGACUACGCCAGCUGGGGAGCCUGGAGGCCGUAGCCUCAUCUCGAGGAUGAUAUGCUAACAAACCGAGCGCGUUUGCCGUUUCUGCAGGCGGUGCAGGGCACCGGGUUGGCGUUCAUCGCCUUCACCGAGGCCAUGACCCACUUCCCGGCCUCGCCCGUCUGGUCGGUCCUGUUCUUCCUCAUGCUGAUGAACCUGGGCCUGGGCAGCAUGUUCGGCACCAUCGAGGGCAUCAUCACGCCCCUCGUGGACACCUUCAAAGUGCGCAAGGAGUUCCUCACAGUGGGGUGCUGUCUCCUGGCCUUCAGCAUCGGCCUGAUCUUCGUGCAGCGCUCGGGGAACUACUUUGUGGCCAUGUUCGACGACUACUCGGCCACGCUGCCCCUGCUCAUCGUGGUGGUCCUGGAGAACGUGGCCGUGGCCUGGGUCUACGGCAUCGACAAGUUUUUCGAAGACCUGAAAGACAUGCUGGGGUUCUCUCCGUUUCGGUUCUACUACUACAUGUGGAAGUACAUCACCCCGCUGGUUCUGCUGGUCCUGCUGGCCGCCAGCUUCAUCCAACUGGGGAUGACGCCGCCCAGUUACAGCGCCUGGAUCGAGGACCUGGCUCAGGAGAAGGCCCUCAGGUACCCCGGCUGGGGCCUGGCCAUGUGCAUCACGCUGGUCGUCGUGGCGAUUCUCCCGGUGCCCGUGGUCUUCGCGCUGCGCUUCUUCAACCUGCUGGACGAGGGCGCCGGCGGGCUCGCGGCCGUCUCCUACAAGAAGGGCCGCAUGAUCGCGGAGGACGCCAGCCCGGAGGACGACGACGACGCCAGCCUCAUCGGCGGGAAGUCGGCCAGCCAGGCGCCCUCCCCGGCGGCCCCCGGGAAGAGCAUCUACCGGAAGCAGAGCGGGACGGGCGAGCCGGACACCGCGCCCAACGGCCGCUACGGCAUCGGCUACCUGAUGGCCGACGCCCCCGACACGCCCGACGUCUAGGGCCCGCCGCCGGAUUUGGGUCAAAACGGACGCCUGGAUCUGGCGUGUGAUCACGAACAGCCCCAGGAGCUGUCGGACCAAGAGGGGGUGGGGGUGUGGGGGGGGUUGGGGUGGGGGUGGGGGGGAUGGUGGGGGAUGGGGGACACGAAACCGAUGUCAAACUGGGCAGUCCUUCACAUGCAAAUUCCUAAUUCCUUAUAUGUACCAUAUUUCCGUCAUUUUUUUUUUUUGUUGCAGAGUUGCAUAUCUUUAUUUAUAAAUUCCACAGUAGUAUCUUGAGACUUGUGAGGUGGGGGGGGGGAUGGGGGACACAAAACCAGUGUCGAACUGGGCAGUCCUUCACAUGCAAAUUCCUACUUCCUUACCAAAUACCGGUAAAUUUUCCUCCUUCAAUUACUUGGAGCGGACAUUACGUUGUUUCGGUCGAGACCGUAAAACCGAACACGUUCAAAUUAUUUCAGUACCGCGCGUUCCGGUCCAAGACCGGACGUCUGGGCAAGACUACCGACACUCCCGACACGGUCCUACCUUGCAGCUCUUCUAGCUAAAUGACUAGCUCCUCCCCCAGGCUGGAGCUAGUCAUUCAUUCAUUCGCUCUUACCCCCCAUUCACGCUGUGAAAGAUUCGGUUGAGCAGUUAGCAGGAGCCCAUUCGUUCUCUAUGAGAACAAUGGGCUUUCAGUUUCGGACUGCCUGUUUCUCCAACCGACAUGAUACCAUUUUGUGAAUAAUUGUUUUGCCUGGCUUCACUCAUUUCAAUGGACGAGCAGCUAAAAACUUAAAAAAGAUGGGCAGUAGAGGGGCCUCUAGUGGCGCAGCCGCACGUCUCUCCCUCUCUCUCCUCCUGAUUCUUCCUGUCUCUCUACACACUGUUCUAUCAAAAUAAAAGCCCAAAAAUAAUAGGCAGCAGACGAUUUGGCAAAUAUGUGGCGUGUCCGACCAAAGUCCGCCACGUACACACCAGAACACGUUGAGUUUUAUGCACCACUGGAAGGGCUGGCUAUUGUUAGCAAUCUGUCUGUCUCUCUCUCACUAGCAAGAUAACAUUAGCUAUUAAGAGACAUGGAGAGAUUGCUAGCUCUUGCCCCUCCCUCAGCCUCAUAGGCUUGAGCGACCCAUCAACCGAAUUGCUCGCUAUACACACGCGGGGUUUCCGUCCACUUAUACAUGUCCGCGUGUACCAACUUGUAUAUCUUGUACAUAAGGUAAGUCCUGUCAUUUUGCGCGCGCAAAGAAGCCCAGUCGCGUCUCGAUUGGGCGCGAAAGAAUCGAGAAGCAAGACGAGGAACUGGGGGCUGGAAUUUUCUUUUUCCCCUCGCUUCGAUACUGUGCACCCACAAAAAGAGAAAAAAAUAUAAUAAUUUCAACCUGAAUUAUUCUCCCCCCACCCCACCCCACCCCACCCCACCAAAAAGUGUGCCUAAUGACCCGAUAUUUUAUUAAGAGAAUGCUCUGUGGACUUGGUACAUUUCUAUGGUAUUAUGUAAAUAUUUGCUUUCUGUCCUGAGCAACUCUGCAGCUGGUCUUGUGUGCAGUUGUGUCAUCAUUGUAAAAAAACAAAAACAAAACUCAUGCUUCCAACUCUUGUAAAUACUUCCUUUUUCUCCCCCCCUAUGAAACCGCUUAAAAGCGCCAUGCCUUUUUUUUUCUGCAGUGGGAUUAAAGUUCAGUUAGAAACAA